CUCUUAGCUUGUUGUUGUUGUGAUGAAUUUAAAGAUUAGAACUUUCAGUAGGCUCCGUGCUUGUCGAUCUCAUUGUUGUUGGGGUCUGUUGCGCAACAUACAAGCUGGCAGAAGCAUUUUUGGAAUACUAUCUGGCGAUAUUUCACUGUGAUUGUUUUCCUUCUUUAAGAGAUUAGCAGUUUUAUUUGUUUCCUUUUCUUGAGCACUUAGCUUAAUUGUAUUUGUUUCUCCUUGUAUAAAAAGAGACAUAUAUCAUUGCUACAGCUUGUAACAAAUACAAAAAACAAAGAAAUUCAUCAUUAAUAAAAUCUGGGAGGGAGGGAGCUUUCUGGGAGUCUUGUGUCUCUUUUAUUUUUCUACAUGGUAUCAGAGCCAAGUUGAUUGGUUGUACUGAUUGCUGAUGGCUAUGCCGAGGUGAUCUAGAUACUCCAUCUAUUCCAUUCUUGCUGCCUUCGUUUCACUGCUUGACGAAGUUACUUUGUCCUUCCUCCUGACGAUAUAUCAGGUUUCUUUCUUCCUACUACAAACGAGCGGAAAUUUCUCGUUGUACCCGACCCGCUAACCUUCUCUAGUACUGUCAGAAUUAUUUUUACACAUUCACCCCUUGGCUGACGAAAAUCACGAAAAGCCUAAUAAAUCCCUUAUCAAUUUUCUGUUGAAUGGUGAUAACUACCUAAAUUGGGCCCGAGCCAUCAAACUGGCACUUGGAGGGCGGUCUAAGCUCGAGCACAUCCUUGGCAGAACUAAGACUGUAGGUGAAAUGUCAACAACAGAGACAGAGCAAGAGAGGAAAGACGCUGAGUGGGAAGUGAAUGAUCUCCGGGUUAUGUCACAGAUCCUAAAUUCCAUAGAACCGAAACUCUACGGUAUUUUUGCCUAUACAAACAAUUCUAAAGAAUUGUAGGAAUCUAUUUUUGAAAUGUAUGGAAAUGCUAACAAUUCUUCUCGAGUUUUUGAAAUACAGCAAAGUAUCUCAUCUCUUAAACAAGAACAAUAUCAGUCCUUUCUGGAGCACUUUGGAGCCUUCAAGCAGAAGUGGGAAAAGCUUCGUCAGUACCGAUCCAUUGCUGCAACAGUGAUGGAAUACAUCAAACGAGAGCAAUAGGACCAAAUCUUCUACCUUCUGGCUAGUCUCACCUCCGAUUAUGAAGAAGUAAGAAGAGAGAUUUUGAUGCGACCAGAAUUGCCAUCACUCAACUCUGUGUGUGCCAUCACCAGAGUGAAGAGACCCGCAAGUGAGUAAUGGGCAAAAGGGUAACUGCUCCUUCUCAAAAUUCUGAAAACUAUGCGCAAUUUUCUAGCUUUAAAACUGGUGACAGUAACAAAUGGACCAAGGGAAAGGAUAAGAAAGGAGCUCGGUUUUUCUUUGACCAUUAUAAUCGAAGUGGGCACUCCAAAGAGAGGUGCUAUGUGUUACAUCCUCACUUAAAACCUUCACGCAAUAGGUCUAAUGAGGCAAAUCUGGCGGCAAAUUCUGAGAAUGAUGGUAUUCAACAUAAAUUGGAGCAUAUCACUAAACAGAUCGACUUUCUAAUGAAGAAGUGCACCACUGACAGUGAAUCGGCUCAUGCUGGUCUAAGUGGAGAGUCCCAUGUUGCUCAACAUACUGAAAGUAGUCUUUCGGGACAGAAGUUCAGGGAGGACGAUUGGUGAAGGUAGCCUAGUCAAUGGAUUAUACAUAUUAGAGCUGGAUCAGCUGGCACUCUCUACAGUAAAUGCAGCCUCUUCUCAACUCUGGCACAAGAGAUUAGGCCAUCUGUCUGACAAAGUCUUGAAACAUUUAAACUUGUCUUUAAUUCAUGAUUUCAAUAACUGUGAACGUUGUCAAUUUGCUAAGCUUCAUAAGCUACAUUUUCCUGAGCAUUCUAAUACAUCUA